AAAAUAAAAAAUAAACAAGCUGCUGUAAACACCAAAAACCAGAGAGAGAGAGAGAGAGAGAAAGAGAAAGAGAAGGAGAGACUCCUGCUCAAUCAAUUUCAAAGCAACACACAAAUUUCUCUCAAAAAUUUUGUCCAAAAAUAAAAAAUAAAAACCCCGCGUAAUUGUUCGCGGUUUUCACAAAACUAUUCACUUCGAUUUUGAUUUUUUGUUUUGUGAUUUUGGGAGCAAUUGAGGUGGUGGUUCUGAAUUGAGCCGGGGGGAGAUUGAUUCGGCGGCGGCGGCGUGAUCGGAAUCUGAAUUUGACUGAUCCGGGGAAUUUCCGGUGUAAUGGAUCGGAGGGAGCUUUGGGUUUUUAAUUGAGAGACAAGUAGGUAGGUUGGGUUGUGGAUGAUUUCUGUGGGGAGUAGGGAUGCGAGGAAGGGGCUAGGGUUAGGGUUAGGGUUCGGAGCUGGGAGAGAGAUGGACGAUUCCGAGCUUGAAGAAGGCGAGGCGUGUUCUUCUCAAAUCAAUGAAUACGAUCCCAAUAUCGACCCCGACGUUGCUCUCGCCUACAUCGAUGAUAAAAUUCAGGAUGUUUUGGGACACUUUCAGAAAGAUUUUGAAGGUGGGGUGGUGUCUGCAGAGAAUCUAGGGGCAAAGUUUGGUGGGUAUGGCUCAUUUUUACCUAGCUAUCAGCGGUCUCCAGUGUGGUCUCAUCCGAGGACUCCAGCAAAAAGUCAGAAUUAUGGCUUACCCAAAUCUCCCAACAGUUUAAAACUCGAGGGUGGCCAUCGUAACAAUUCUAGUUGUUAUGCUGUAUCUCAGUCUGUUGGACUUGGAACUGCUUCUGCCAGUUCCAUUUCACUCGUUGCACCAAAGGCACCAUCAGCAAACAUUCCAGUCAAACAAGAUGUGAGUGUUUCAUAUAAUCAAGCUGACCAGUAUCCUCCUGAACAGGAAUCCGCAACAAAGAGACCUAUUAAAUUAUCGGACCAGAAAACUCUCAAGGUACGGCUUAGGGUGGGCUCGGAUAACUUGUCGACACGAAAAAAUGAUAUCUACAGUGGGCUUGGCCUUGACGGUACACCAUCUUCCUCACUAGAUGAUUCUUCAGAUAGUGAAGGAAUAUCUCAUGGACCUCAAGAUGCCCCAUUUGAAUCUCCCACUAGUAUUCUCCAGAUUAUGACAUCCUGUCCGGUGUAUGAGGGUAUGCUUUUGUCACCUCUUCCGGAGGAUCUAAUUUAUUUAACUGAAAAGGAUAAGGUUGCAAAAGAAGUUAGAUCUCUUCCAAGGGAUGGUUUGGAAAGAUCUGGGUUCCUAGUGAAUGGAGCAAAUACCAGGGAAGGUGGUGGGAAAGUGUCUGGGGCAAGGAAAACUAAAUCAGUUGAAAGAAAUGAUUUUUCAGCAGAAUCAAAGAGCGGGAUCAAUAAGGAUGGAAUUGGGCUUCUGGCAAACAAGGACCAAGAUGUUGAUACAUUUGCUUGUGAGGAGCUUGUUUCUAAAACCUUGAAGCUCCCACUUCUAUCCAAUUCAUACUCUUCUGUCAAUGAUGUGAAAAAGAGUAAAGAAGCAGAUAAGAAUGCUGGAAGGGAUAAAGGCUUCCCUUGUCAACCAGAAGAUGAGCCUAUGGAGCCAACAUUCAAUCAAGAGCAAAACUGGGUUGAAAAGCGAAAAGCCAGUUUGGCUGGAAAGGUUCAGGGAGACAGAAAAGUAAGUUCUAACAAUAAUGUUUCGGUACAUUUAAAGAAAGAUGGCCAUCACAAAGGAGAGAAAGGUAAUGAAUCAGUAAAAGCUGACUCAAAUGUAUCUAAAGGGAGGAAAUCUUUAAGUACUGAAGUUGUGGACCACUCAAAGCAAAGGGUCAGUCAGAAGGGUAUAGCCCAUGAGGUAGAUGAUAUGAGAUUACUUUCUGGGAAGGAGCAGCCCUUACUUGGCGAAAAAUGGAAAUCAAAAGAAAUUCCAAGGACCCUGGUUACAGACUUUCCAAAAGAAAGCUCCAGGGUUGGUUCUGCUUCAGUGCCCAAAGUGAAGAGUGCUCAUGUGAACAAGCUUACAUCCAAUAGUGAGUCAGAAAACUUCAGAAAGGAUCUUGAUAAAAGCAGGGAUACAUAUAGAGAUUUCUUUGGGGAUGAAGAAGAAGAGAACCAAACUGAUUCAUUGCAAUUGCCUUCUGAAGAUAAGCUUAAGGAGCCUGAUGCUGUUGCAAAAAGCACAUCUGCAGUUAACAUUUCAUCAAGAGAGAAACCAAAUGGCAAGACAGUUGAUUCACAUCCGGUAACAGCUUCAAAUAUAGCUCAACGCCCUGGAAACGGACCCAUUUCUGAUGUAGCUCCUGCAACAGGGGCUCCUGCAUUAAUGGAAGACUAUUGGGUGCAGUGUGACAAGUGUCUAAAAUGGCGGCUUCUUCCGCACGGUACAACCCCCGACAACUUACCAGAAAAGUGGCUAUGUAGCAUGCUUAAUUGGCUGCCUGGGAUGAACCGGUGUAGUGUAACAGAGGAGGAAACAACAGACAAGACAAAAGCUCUAAUUGCACAGUACCAAGUUCCUGCCCUUGGCAGUCAAAAUAAUCUUCCCAAUAAUCCUGGUGGCUUUAUGGAAGGCGUUGCACAAGCUGAUUUUCGUCACCCUGAUCAAAACCCCCAAAAUUUUGGUUUGCAUGCCAUGCCUGGCAGCGGGAAGAAAAAAAAUGGAUUGAAAGAAUUGUCAAAGGCAAGUGAUAAAGAUGGUUCUAUUCUGCUGCCAAACUCUAUGAAGAAGAACAUACAGGCAUCACUGAAGAGUAAAAGCUUGAAUGAUGUUAACCAAUCUUCACCUCUGAAUGAGCCUAAUUUUCAGCAGCUGAGCAAUUCCAGUGACUUGGCAGUGGAGAAACGGAAGCACAAGUACAAAGAGAAGCAAAAAGUUUUAGCUUCCUCUUAUGAUGGAGGUCCUAUCAACAAUUUAAAGAUUAAGAGCAGAAGGGACUUUGAUCCAGAUACUUCUAGACCACCCAAGAAAAUCAAGAGCAAUGGUAGGCGUAUGACUGAUGAAGAAUGGGCAUCAGAUCACCACGGACCAGAUGGCGAGAUUGGUCCUAGCUCAAGUAGUGGUUUUCUGACUACUGAAGCAGGAAAAGAUCGAAUUAAGGAUAGGAUAGAGGCUGCUACUCUUACCAAGGUAAAAGAUGAAGUUUGUAGAGACAAUGGAUCCGUAGACAUGGGUAAUGUUUCUAGAGAUAGAACAAAAAAGAGAAAAUUGAAGGAAUAUCCUGAAAUUCAUAUGGGUUCCCUUCCAGAUCGUUCCAUUGCAGUGAAGGAGGAGUUUAGUGAGAAUGACUGUAGGAAGGAAAAGAAGGCGAGGGUAUCUAAAUCUGAGGGAAAAGAGUCCAGUGCAAGCAAAGGCAGUGGUAGAACAGACAAGAAGAGCAGCCAUUCAAAGAAGCAACAACGUGGAAAAGAUAUAAGCAGCAGACUAACUCAACGGAGUCAGAAUGGUAUGGAAUCUUUGAAAAAAGAUUUGGGAUCUGUUCAGGUUUCUGUGGCUGCCACUUCAAGCUCUUCUAAAGUUUCUGGUUCUCAAAAGACCAAAUCCAGCUUUCAAGAAAUUAAAGGUUCACCUGUAGAAUCUGUUUCAUCAUCACCUAUGAGAAUCUUAAAUCCUGAUAAGCAUGAAUUAGUACUCGGGGUAAAGGACGAGUCACAAGACACUGGUCGUUUUGCAUUACGUAGCCCGCGGAGAUGCUCAGAUGAUGAAGAUGACUGCAGGAUUGAUCGAUCUGGGACAGCAAGGAAGGAAAAAAUUUCCUCCGGGGCUUAUCGUAGGUCUGAGAAGGUGAACAAAUUGCAGGAGAAGGUGAACAAAUAUGGUGAAACUGAGAACAAAUAUGUCAGUAAGAAAGAUUUGCCGGGAAAGUCUUUGAAUGAGGGUAGUAAAAGGGAGAGCCAGUCUAAUUUUGGGGGUCGUGAUGGCCCAGAUGUUAGACUAGAUGCUAUUUACCCAAAAGACACGAUUUCUACUCCAAAGAAGCAGCCAGAUUCUGAUAGUGAAAGGUCUUCAAAGAGGAUCCCUUCUGAAAGAACUGAUCGAGUGGAUACAGGCUCAACAAGGGGGAAGUCACUACCCUUGCCACCCUCUGGAGGAGCUCAAAAUGAGAUGAUGACUCGUUGUCCCCGACCAGUUUCUGGCUCUCACAAAGGUAAUGGAGCAGAUAUAUUACAAGUAGAUGGCUCUGAAGGUAAUGAUGUGGUCAAGGUGCAAGUACAGACCAGAAGGGCUGAUACUCAGAAUGGAACUCAGCAUACUAGUUCAAGACAUCGUGCACAGAAUGGGCACAGGGGCAGGGAUCUUGAUGCCCCUAGUCCAGCUAGAAGGGAUUCUUCCACCCCGGCUUAUAUCACUAUUCUAAAAGAAGCUAAAGAUAUGAAACACCUUGCUGAUCGUCUCAAGAACUCUCAGUCAAAUGAUAGUACGGGGCUUUACUUCCAGGCAGUCCUCAAAUUUCUUCACGCUGCAUCUCUCUUGGAAUCUCCCAACAUUGACAGUGCCAAGCAAAAUGAGUCCAUGCAAAUUUAUAGAAGCACUGCGGCACUAUGCCAGUUUUGUGCUCAUGAAUAUGAAAAAUCCAAAGACAUGGCUUCUGCUGCUUUAGCCUUCAAAUGCUUGGAGGUGGCUUAUCUGAAGGUGAUAUACUCAUCGCAUUCCAAUGCAGGCAGAGAUCGACAUGAGUUACAAACAGCUUUACAGAUGGGUCCUCCUGGUGAAUCUCCAUCUUCCUCUGCCUCUGAUGUUGAUAACUUGAACAAUCCCUCAGCAGUAGACAAGGUUGCCUUACCCAAGGGUGUUAGCUCACCCCAAGUUGCUGGAAACCAUGUAAUUGCUGCUCGAAAUCGUCCCAAUUUUGUGCGCAUGCUGAAAUUUACACAAGAUGUACAUAAUGCAAUGGACGCAUCAAAGAAAUCACGUGUUGCUUUUGCAGCUGCUGAUACAAAAAUGGGAGAAGCUAAGUAUUCUGAAUGCAUCUCUUCCAUUAAAAGGGCUCUUGACUUUAACUUCCAAGAUGUAGAGGGAUUACUACGUUUGGUACGGCUUGCAAUGGAAGCCAUUUUCAAUAUCCGUCAGAAGAGUCCAGACGGUGGUGGGGAUGAUGCUAAUCUAUGAAGAUGUCUAUUGGUUAAUCCUUGGGUCUCAUGCGGUGAAGGGGUGUCCUGGAUAUUUCUGCUGAACAGCUUGGAACUUCUACUGGGGGAUCUGGUUGUCACCAAAGUUGUUUCUGUUCAUAUAUGCUGAGGAUCUGUUAUUCAAUUUAUUCUAUGUGAUCCUAGAUCUGUUUUCCAUCACCAGAUGGGUCCCAAGCAGAUCAUUAGAUCUCAAUAGCCAAUAGUCAUUUCGAGGAUUUUGAGCCAUCACUAAGUAAGGCUUUUCUGAAGGGAUUCAGAGCAGCAUUCAAAAGGUGGAUAUGAAGAAUGUGAAGGAAGAUAUAAUAGUUGUAUAUAACGAUGAGAACCAUAGGUUCUAAAUCAUUGGGGCUUUCUUUUCCUCAGACAGUACUUAUCUUGACAAUCUGUUAUCUGCAUUGCAACUCUGCCAGUAUAUGCACGAAAUGUCUGAUCAUUGCCAUACUGGCACUGUGUAAAGAUAGCUGAAAAAAUGGAAGUUGCAGGUUGCUUCUUCACUUUGUUGUAAUUGGGACAAUUAACCUUGCUGCCGUAAUAGAGACUGAAUCAGAAAACUGUAUAUAUGAGACAAAUUAUCAUCAGUGCUAUCCAUGUAGCCCAGUGCUGGGGUUCUGCUUUUCUUACCUCAAAGUGGCAACUAUUGUAUAUAAAAGACCAUCUGUGUGAAGAGAAGGAAAGGUGGAUAUUUUAUAGGUCCUUCCUUCAGAUCUCACAGGUUGAGCGACUGGGGCACUUACAGCUAUAGGUAGUACUGAAUUUAAUGUGAUAUUCUUGUUUGGAUUUUUCUCUGAUGUUGGUGUAUAGUAUAAUUUACCCAUAGCAAUAACAUUUAUUUAGGUUUAGAUAAUAAAGUUUAAUUAUUUGAAUUAGCCAUUGGAUGUAUCAAUAAAAUUCAUCUCCAGUGAUUAACGGAGCAUAUCAAUAAAGUUACCUCUUCACUUC